CCCGAUUUCCUCGGUGAGCGUGAACAGCACAACUGAUAGGAGGAGGAGGAAAUGUUACACUGCUGCACAACACGGCUAAGGUUGAGAACGAUGACAUGUGGUAGAUGUGUAGACGUAUAGGGUUGAACAUGGGGCGCGGUGUGUUCAACGGCGGGAGCGACGGAUUCUUACAAUGUGAAUUUAUAAAUACGGUACGAGAAGAUCCCGCCGAGAACAGUACGGGACGGGAGACAGCCUGGUGAAGGCACGCGCGCUCGGAACCGGUUGCAGCUCUUUUAAUCUCUCGAGAGCCAGUCGUGCAGGUCGUUGUCGUACUUGUCGGGAUUGUGCAAUCCUCGUGCGGUGGACGGUCGUCGCCUUGGACGGUGUCUCUUCUGUGCGCGGCGCGGGUACAGUGCUCCGUAAUUACGUUACCAACCAUAGAAGAUAGAAGAGAGACUCGCUUUCGUCAUAGACCGAACCGACCAGCCAGCCCUGUCAAGCCGGCAGUGCAGGUGUAAUACCUGUGCUCGUACCUACCCAGGGUCUCGGCUGCACAAGGGAAAAGCUAACAACAACAACGAGAUAACCAGUUUUCAGUGUGCUCCGAAAAGUGCUCUGGCAGAUGAAGCAAUAAACCCGUUGGUUGGUUGGUUGCCUUCGUUCGGUGUCUUCGGCAGUGUUUACCAUCAGAUAUACGAGGUACGAUCGAAGAGAGAGAAUCUACCAAAUCAAAGUGAGUGUUCCAAACAGUCACCACAACACAUCGCACAUCGAGUGAAAGAGACUGAGCGAAAGUGAGAAAAGUGACACAUGCAUGCUCGUGAAGAAGUGAGUGCAGAGAAUGGCAAAUUGUUUCAAACGAAAGUGAAAUUGUGAGCAACAACAGGUUUUUCGAAGGGGGCUGAACACAAAUCAUCUUCUACGCGCUAGUCAUCACGUGAGCCGAAAAGCUCCUAAUCCGGAAUCUGAUCAUCUCGGUUGUGCCUUCGGGAGAAAAAACUAGAACUUCUCCGCUGACCGUUCGGCCGCUGCGCUUCAACUGCUGGCAAUACAAUUCACCAAAUGCAGCUCACCACCUGCGGGAGACAUGACCAGCUCAACCACGAAAGCACCGCAGUAAACUAUGUGAUAAUUAUCGCCAGCGUCGUCGACGUCGCGUCGCGUCUGUGAUAUCGCGAUAAACGCGCCGAGCAUUUCGUGGUUUUAAGUACAGCCCCAGUGCCCAGCCUACAACAUUACAUUGUUUUAAGUGACUACUGGUGUUUUGUGUGUGUGUAAUUAGUAACAAAGCUUCUAUCAUCUACAACCGGUCGGUGACGAGUGUGCAAACGAUGUACAAACAGCAGACAUCUGCUACCGUUUGCUGCUGUUUGUACUGAAGAAGAGAACGCGUGUUUUUUGGGGGGCUGAAUUCAUCUGUGACCGAGAACAAAAAAAAGUUGUUGAGCUGUAACUCUGCGUGCGUGGUUAGGUCUUUUUUUGAAUCAACGUCAUGAAACUGGGCAAACAUGUCGACUGGCUGCAGAUACGAGCCCUGCUCCGGAAGGACUACCUCGUCCGGAUACGACAGCCGUGGAUGACCAUCAUUCAGUACCUGUGGCCCACCCUAAUCUUCCUGUCGCUCUACAUCCUGCGGAAUCGGUUCCAGUCGGUCGAAAUCGCCGACUGUCAGUUCCCAACCCGGCAGCUGCAGAACAAUGGCAUCCUGCCGUUCUUCCAGUCGUACGUGUGCACCAUCGAAAACGAAUGUAGCGACCCGCGGCGGUACGAGGAAACGUCGGACUUCGACACGGCACCGGUGACGCCGGUGCUGAGGAUAGUCCAGAUCUUCUUGGAUACGCCGCAGCUGUACGAUGCGGUGAUCGGUUUGCCCGUGGAUCGGAAUUUCAUCGGUGCGGUGACGUCGAUCGUUACGAACGGGCGGUUCAAGGAGAUUGAGAGUAAUGCCGAUCGACUGGUUCGCAUGCUUCCGGAGAUCCAAGAGAUGGUCGGAGGGAAUUUCGAUAUUGAGAGGGUGUUCUCCGACGAUCGGAUGUUUUCAAAUUCGGGGAAGAUUUUGUGUGGGAAACCGUUUCCUCGGAGUGAUAACAUCAGGUUCAUUGACAAUGUACUGUACUCGAAGGACUUCAAUGGGGCCGAUCCGGAUGAGUUGGCGGUGAUGCCGACCAGGUAUUGCAAGCAGCUGUAUGUGGAUGUUACCAAUACGAACAACGGUAAGAUCACGUGGAAGCAGUUGAAGCCGAUCCUGCAGGGGAAGAUUCUGUACGGGCCGUCGAGCGAGAGGAACGAUGAGAUAGUGAAAUUUGCUAAUCAAACGUUCGUGGACAUGGCUCGACUACGGGACUUCUUCAAGGCGUUGAACACUACGGUGCAACUGCUUCACACGGACGAUUCGUUCCGCAGUAGCUUCGAGAAUCUGAUCGAGCUGGCCAAGUCUCCGUUGGUACAGAUGAUCGUCGGUGGCAACGUGAACAUCGACCUGAUCGAAUCCAUGUUAAACGGAAUUUUGAAUGAGAAGACUGUGGCGGUUACGCUGGAAACUAUCGCCAGUAUUUUUGAGUGUUUCUCGGCUGACCGGUUUAUCAAGGUGGAAUCGGAGAAGCAACUGGAGGAUGAAGCUUUCAAGCUGAAUCAGAAGAAGAUGUUCUUUGCGGGGUUGAUGUUCGAGAACGGUACUACGGAGAAUGAGGUUGCGUACAAGAUCCGGAUGAGGAUCGAUGACACGCCGGUAACGGUGGAGAACAAGAAUCGGUUUUGGUUCCCGGAUCCGGAAGCGAGCUUCGAGCUGGAUAUGAGAUAUCACCGAGGUUUCAUCCAGAUUCAACACGCUGUGGACAUGGGUAUCAUCAAGGCAUUGAAGAAGGAGAAGGCUGAUAGCAGUAAGAGAAGCAGUGCAGAGACGUCCAGUGACGCGGGAGGUCUGUCGUUGGAAGAUGACUUGGGUGAAGACGGAGAGAGCGAAACGGAAACAACUGCGGCAACUACGACAGCGGGCAGCGCAACGACCGAAGAUCUGGGCUCUCUGUAUGCCAAUCUGAGUCAGAAGAUCAACAUUUCACAGUCGGAUUUGGCAAAGUUCAGCAAUAAAUCGUCGCUGGAUGACUAUCUGGACUUCAACGACGACGAAGCGAGCGAGGAGGUCGAUGAAGAGGAACCACUUGUGGUGAACACCUCGACGGCGCGAAGCCGUCGGAAGAGAGCUCCACAGUUUAAUCUGUUUAGCCUGUUCUUGGGAGGUGGAGGAUCCGCGAAGAAGGAGGAAAUAUCGUAUAGUGUGGCCGGAGAGAAAUUCUACACCAAGCAGUUCCCGUUCCCGAAGUUCACCAAAGACCACUUCAAAAAGGGCCUUUACUUGGCGCAAUCGAUUCAAAUGUGCUUCUUCGUCGCACUUAUCGUCCACGUAUCCUCGUCGGUCCGCCAGAAGAUCUGGAUGAAGGAAAGUGGUAACACCAUGUUGAUGCGUGCCAUGGGCCUCAAAUCGUACUCGGAUUCGAUCUCCUGGGCGGUAACCACUAUGAUUGAACUGUGCAUCGUCUUCGUACUGGCCCUAUCCAUUCUGUACGGCGGAGGUAUUCUGCAAUAUUCCAGCAAGCUGUUCCUGUUUGUGUACCUGCUAGUGUUCGGCGUUUGUCUGAUCGCUUUCUGCUACAUGUGUUCCAUGUUUUUCGGUUCGGCGAGCAUUGGAUCCGUAUCGGCAGUCAUACUAUUCCUGGCAACAUUCCUACCCUAUAUCAUAAUCAUUUCGCUUGGGGCAGUGCUGAGCUUCACGGGGAAAUUCGUGGCGAGCUUAUCGUUCUCAACGGCCUUCUGUUACGCGUGGCGUUACAUCAUGCGGCUGGAACUUCAACAGCGUAGUGCGGAUUUCAUGGCUCUCAAAGGAUCCAUACAGGAGAAUGAUCUGGCAUUUGGCAUUCUUAUGAUGUUACUCGACGCCGUACUCUACUAUCUGAUCGGUUUGAUCUACGAAAGACUGACUCAUGAGGACACGACGUUCUACCAAGUUAAUCGAUCCAAGCUGGACAAAAGCAUUGGAGCCGAACUGCGGAAUGUAGAUGUCAUCUACGAGAACGACAAAAAGGUCCUGGAUAAUGUCUCAAUUACCUUCAAGCGGGAUGAAGUGACUUGCCUGCUUGGACGAAACGGAGCUGGAAAGAGCACGAUCAUAAAACUCCUUACCGGCCAGGUUCUCCCCGUAGUGGGCGACGUCACUCUCCCUCUGGACUACGACCUGAUCUCCGGACUGAAAAACAACGCAGAAAAGAUCGGCCUCUGCUCGCAGAACGAUAUUCUCAUUCCGAAUCUCACCGCCAAAGAACAUCUGCAGCUGUACGCCCGUAUCAAGCUAACCAAAGGAUUCGAACCCGAAGUUCAACGAACGCUGGACAACCUGAAGAUGGGUAAGUACAAGCACUACCGAGCGUCCGAACUCUCGGGAGGCUUCAAGCGGCGGCUGUGCAUAGCGAUCGCCUUCCUGGGGUCGCCCAAUUUGGUAAUCCUGGACGAACCGUGCAGCAGUGUUGACACCAAGGCACGCAAGUACAUCUGGGAGUUGAUUCAGACCCUGCGGAAGGACCGAGCUGUAAUUCUGGCAACGCACCACUUGGACGAAGCAGAGUCCUUGAGCGAUAAGGUCGUUGUGAUGGAGAAUGGUAAAGCCAUCCUAGAACAAAGUCACGAAGAGUUGAAGGACCGAUUCACGAACACUUUGUAUCUGGAUCUGGUCCUGAAGACCAUGACCGAGAGCGAUCGAUCUACCUUGAUAUCCGAUCUGAACAAGAGCUUGGAUGAGCGAACAAACGUGCAGUACGAACUUGCGAAACUCCCUAGGAAUAAGCUGCAGUACAAGCUCACGUACACUGCUGCAAAUCCUUCGGAAGUUGACCUCAAAUCCCUCUUCGAUCAACUCAACCAGUACCAGAACAAGAAGCUGAUUCUCACCUACGACCUCAAAAACGAGAACCUUAUGAACAUCUUCAACGCCGUCAACUCCCGCGAAUCUCAAACACCGGACAUCCGAGAACCGGAAAUCGUCUCUGCAAACGGCUUCCACGGUUCCAAACCCACCGAACACAAGCUCAGCUCGUUCCAGAUAAUCGCCAGUCUUCUGCACAAACGUUUCCUCCACUUCCGCCGCAACUAUCGGCUCCUGAUCUGUCUGCUAGUCCUCCCAACCCUCUUCGAGGUCAUCGCCAUGUACUUCAUGACCAUUCGGCCUCCGGGCGAGCACGAUCAAGCACUAGAACUCUCCACCGCCUUGUACCACGAUUCCGCCGAAUUCUACACCCGAAGUGGCAACGGCAGCGACUUCCAACGGGAAAUCGACGCCGGCAUCCUGGCGCACUGUCCGGACGCCGACUGCUACCUGUUCAAAAGCUCCGAAGAUGCCCACCGGUGGAUUCUGCAGACGAACUACGAGUUUGCCGAUCGUCGGUUUGGAGGGCUGACCGCCCGCCAGGAGAAGCACUUCGUUUGGUACAACAACAAGGGCUACCACUCGAUGCCGGUGUGGCUGAACCUGCUGGACUCGGCCAUUUUGAAAGCUGAGUUGGAGAACAGCAGCUACAGUAUUCGCACGAUCAACCACCCACUGCAGAUCGAGGAGGACGAGUUGACGAUUUCGUCGAUUCUUCAGCAGGUUUCCGAUGCCGGUAUCUCGUUGAUUCUGCUGCUAUCGUUCAGCUUGGUUUUGGCUGGAGCUUCCGUCUACAUCGUUAACGAGCGAGUUCGUGGAGAGAAGAUGCAACAGCGACUUGCUGGAGUGAAGUUCUGCCAUUACUGGGGAGUUACGUAUCUGUGGGAUGCUAUGAUCUUCCUCAUCGCGGUGGCCCUUGCUGUGAUCGUGUUCCAAGUAUUUGCCAUUCCAGCGUACGUAGAAAAGGAUCAACUCAGAGGCAUCUGCCUGCUGUUGGUCUUCUACGGGUUCGCGUCCAUUCCAGCGGUACAUUUGUUCGAGAAGCUGUUCAACGACGCCAGCUUUGCCAACAUGUCGCUCUUCUGUCUCAACGUGAUCACAGCCCUCGGUACCUUGACGAUCAUCAUUCUGUUCGACAUCCUCGGAGAAUCGGAAACUUCGGAACACUUCCGAAACUUCCUGAAUCGAGCAUUCCUAAUUCUUCCGCAGCACGCCUUGGCCGAUGGUCUCAUUGAACUGUCCAAAAACUACAUUCAGGCGGAGAUCUUCAAGCGGUACUACAUCGAUUCCUACAAACCGUUGAUGACAAUCCUGGAGCCGCACCUGAUCGCGCUGGCAAUCAUGGGCGUCGUCUUCACCAUCCUGAACAUGAUCAUCGAACGAAAGGUCAUUCAAAGGUUCUUCCAGGAAGCAGAAUCAUCCCACACGCCUGUUUACGAACUGAAGACCGUCCGGUCGGAGGAGGCCAUCAUGAACGGCAACGGAAAGAAGAAGUCACUUACGGCCGAUCAGAUCCUGUCGGUGGAUCACCUUACGAAACAGUAUCGAUCGGGAGACGUUGUCGUGAACGACGUUUCGUUCAAGAUCCACUACGGCGAGUGCUUCGGACUGCUGGGUACGAACGGAGCCGGAAAAUCCACGAUAUUCUCUAUUCUGGCUGGGGAACAACUGCCGAGCAGCGGUGGAUUCUGUUUCUUCUCUUCGAAUUGCUUAUCGUACUGUCCGCAGAAUAGCUUCCUGGAUCCGCUGCUAACCGUGGAAGAAGUUAUAGAGUUCUACGGUCAGCUGCGCAACGUCGAUAACAUCGACAAGUUGGUGAUCGAAACCCUUCGGGAGUAUCACCUGGAGCCGUACAAACGCAUUUUGGUUAAGAAUCUCAGCGGUGGCAACCGGCGGAAACUCUGCGUCGCAGUUGCCUGCUUCGGCAACACCGACAUCAUCCUGAUGGAUGAACCUACGAGCGACAUGGAUCCGGUUACCCGGGCGAUCGUCUACCGUACGAUCGAACGGCUGAACAGCCAAAACCGAUCGGUUCUGCUCACAUCGCACAGCAUAUCCGAGAUAGAUAGGAUCUGUCAGAGGAUUGCUAUCCUCAAGGAUGGACAUUUGCUCACGGUGGAUACCCCCGAGAAGCUCACCGAGCGAUACGGUAACAACUACCUGGUUACCAUCUACCUCGAGGACAAUCGGGAAGUGGAUCUCAUUAGGACAAUCAAACGAGAGUUCAACGUGUCGGAGGACCUGAUCCAGAACAAGAACUCGCUGCAGUUCGUGUGCAAAGUGCAACCGGACAACCGACGGCACAACAACGGCGGUAUCGAAAAGCUCCACAAAAACAGUCAGGUCACGAUCAACCUGAACAACAACACCAUCGAUUCCAGUCCGGCGGUGAUGGAGAACGUCAGCGCCCUAGUCGUUAAGCUGCACCGGUUUGCGGAGAACAACCGGUUACGGUACACGGUAUCGCGGUGUCUGCUGGAUCAGGUAUUCGAGAACGUCCUGCAGAACCACGAGGAGGAACAUUCGAACGAUGGGUUCGUGGAGAACUGAAACUGUGGGCGUGGAAGUUGUGUCCCGAAUCCGUCCCCCGUGUCCCGAAGUUUCCCCAUCUUCACCGACAGGGCAAGCUACUUAAUUACUAAGCUGGUUAUUAGUACAUACAACAAUGGAUAAUAUUUUA